AUGGCUUUGUUUGCGUACCGGCCGUGCAGCGCCGUUUGGCGCCCGUUCCCCGUGGAGCGUGAGUUCCAGUGGCCGGCUUUCCCAAUGGAGCGUCAAGUAACCGAUGAGAAGGGCAGAUUUGCCGUCGAGUUGAAUGUCAGUGCGUUCCGCCCCGAAGAACUGGCGGUGAAAAUUCGUGAUCGAGAAGUGUCCAUUGAGGGACAUCACGAAGAACGCAGCGACCAGCACGGAAGCAUCGAACGACGUUUCGUCCACAAAUUCUUGUUACCCGGGACCGCGCUGCCGGAAAGUGUAGAAUCGAGCCUCUCAGAUGACGGAAUUCUUCGAAUCACUGCUCAGAAGAAAUGCGCAGUCGAAGAAGUGCAAUCCAGAAAUAUCCCCAUUCAGUCAAUAAAGAACUGA